AUGUCCUCCACACCCAUGGAUUUGGAUCACCGCGAGUCCACUCCAGCUAAUGGUACCUCGCUCAAUAUUACGCGAUCUUUGGCAACGAACAACAAUUCGCAAUUGAGCGAUGUUGUGUCGACAUUCCGCCCAACAAAGCUCUUUAAACGAGACGACAUCAAAGACGGCCGACCGCAACCCCACGUCCUCUCACUUGACUUCGACGACCCAGGCGAUCUCCUCAUGACGUCCGAAAGCGAUGAAACCAUUCAGAUUUACAGUGUCAAGGAAGGAAGGCAUGAGAAGAGUCUUUUGAGCAAGAAAUAUGGUGUCAAGCUGGCCAGAUUCACUCACACAAGUUCGAGUAUUCUCUAUGCAAACCAAAUUCGAUACCUCGCCACGCACGAUAACUCAUUCAUCAGAUACUUCGAGGGCCACGAGAAGAGUGUUACAGACAUCGCAGUACACCCAGGAAAAGACAAUUUCAUCUCCUGCAGUCAGGACAAUACAGUAAGACUCUGGGACGUAUCAACUAAGCAAUGGUGCGGCCAGUUGUUUCUCAACUCGCCGUACCUCGCUGCAUACGAUCCAUCGGGAAAACUUUUCGCAGUCGCUUCUCCUAGCAGCGGAAGCGUGCUGUUGUAUGACUGUCGAAACUACGACAAAGCACCCGUCUCGACUUUCGACCUGAUAGAAGCUGGCCGACACGUGGAUCCCCAAUUUGUCGUUAAGGGCUGGACAAAGAUGGAGUUCUCGAAUGAUGGAAAGCAUAUUCUUGUAGGCACACGCGGCAGUGGCCACUUCCUCUUGGAUGCCUUCGACGGCAGUUUGAAGGCGUAUCUCCACAAACCCGAAGGUGGCACGCGGCGACUGGCCGCCGGUGAAGUGCCAAACACCAGCUACAACGGAACACCGAGAACAGACCCUCCAACGGUAGAGAGCAGUGGCGACUGUUGUUUCUCGGUAGACGGCCGAUACGUUCUGAGUGGCACCAAAAGAGAUGUCCUGGUUUGGGACAUUUUGACGCCGCCUAACGAGACAAAAUCUCUCAGUCCGAGUUGGACUUUAGAAGAUAAGCGAGAGGCGGCAGUGCUAGCAUUCAAUCCGCGAUACAACUUCUUCGCGACUGCGGAUCAGGAUGUCGUUUUCUGGUUACCCGACCCGCACGCAUGA